CCGUUUUCGUCCUUCUUAUCAAUGACAAUAGCAAGUAAACAACUAGUUUCACUGUUUCAGAGAUAAUUAUUUAGUAUAGAUUAGGUCAGUUACUUUUUAAAGUAACAAGUUAAAAAGGAUUAAAGAGGAUUACCAUCGUUUACUGUUCAUCGUUUGGUCAUCUGAAUUUACUUCACUAUGACGAGAUAUUUUAAUACUGAUAUUGAUAAUAUAAUCACAGAUUAUGAAUUAUCCUACCAAAAUACAAUGGAGAAUUUUAUAGAUGAAAUUAAACGAAACAAUGAUAAUAUACUAAAAGUAUACACACAAAAAAUAGAUGAAUACAGCCAGACAUUAAAAAAUCUCUCAGAUGUAAAUAAUAAAAUUGACAAGAGCCGUAAUACACUUCAGCAUAUAGCUGACAAAGUCAAAUGUGAACAACAGAUAUUGCAAACAGAAAACGAUCGCUUAGAAUCUAUAAGUAAUGAAUGCAAUAGUUUGAGAAUUACAGAAAUUGAGUUGGAUGAUGUUAUAAAUAAAACUAAAAUGCAACUUAACCAAGUGUAUAAAGAAAAAAAAGCAAGCAUAAAAAAACUAAAAAGAGAAAUAAAUUCAUUCCGAAUUGGAGUGAAUAUGUAUGAACGAUUUUUACAGUUAAGUAUGAAUGUUGAAAGUAAUGAAAAAAAUUCUAUAAUCCAUCUUACCAUGAAAAAUGCAAACAAUCUCUCAGAUUACAAAAUUGUUUUUGAAGAAAAUGAUAACAAUUUCAAACUUAUUGAUAUUACUCCACGUAGCCAGACAGUUAUGAAGGCAGCGACUUUGUAUAAUAAGAACAAAGAUAUCCAAGGCCUGUUAGCUUUCUUAUACAAUACAAAAGAAUAACCAAUAUAUCAUUUAUAUAUUAUUAUAAACUGUAUUAUAGUGUAUUAAUUAUGUCAUGUUUUCACUGUUGUUCUCAAACUAUGUAUCGCGCUGUAUCUUAUGCGUUUUACUGUUUUGUAUUUUACUAGCUUGUAUGUAACACUUUUAGAUUUUUAUAACAAGCUAAUUCUUUUUAUAAUUUAAAAAUAUAUAUCCCAUUUGGGUAAACUUAAC